CUGAAAUAUUGAGUAUGCAACUGUAUAUUUAAUACACAUUACAGUAUGUAUUCAAGAUAUAGAAGAAGUACUCCAAGUUAUAAUAGAAUAGACUAUCGCCGAGGUCGAGAGCGACGCUAUAACAGCAGACCAUCAACAGAUAACUGGUUUAAAAGAUUUGCAGAGCGAUGUAGUUGUCUACCUGAAGAUUCAGACAAACAAACUAUUGGUGGUACAGAACACAUAGACCUUAUCGAGGAAGAAUUGACAAGUGCUAUUAAAGUCAAAAACAUUGAAUUGAAUAUACAAGAGAAUACAAAGAAACACCAUACAUCAAAAUAUGACUGUACAAGAGAAGAUAGAAAAGAAAGGGGAGAAGAAGAUGGGAAGAAAAUACCAGCAGAAUUAGUUGUUAGACGUGGUGAUGAAUUUACUCUUACAGUCACCUUUGAUAAACCGUACGAUAGAGAGAAUGAUAAUCUGUCGUUUAUAUUUAAGACCGGAGAAUUUCCUUUACCAAAAUCUCGAACCCAUUCUACUUGUAAGCUGAGUGGUGAGAAAACCUACAAACCAGGAGAAUGGGGGGUUAGAAUAAUUAAAACAGGAGACGAGACAGAGGAAGGCAAAUCACCAUCUGUAACAUUCGGUAUAUUUAUACCAGCUAAUUGUGUGAUAGGAGAAUGGAAAUUUGUCAUUAAGACGAUUAUUGAUGUAGAAGAUGGAAAACAGAAAUCAGUACGAUAUGAUCACCCAGAUCCUAUCAAAGUUCUACUAAAUCCGUGGUGUAAAGAGGACACUGUUUAUUUACCCACCGAGAAGUUAUUGGAUGAAUAUAUUUUAAACGAUGGUGGUGCUAUAUAUUAUGGUAAUUAUAGACAGAUUGGUUCUCGAGGCUGGAAUUUCGCUCAGUUUUCCGAUGGUAUUUUGGAUGUAGCACUGUUCAUUUUACAAAAAUCGUUUGGUUUUAAAGUUGAUGGAAAUAUGGGUGAUCCUGUUUAUAUAGCUAGAGCUUUUUCUAGAAUAGUAAACAAUAACGAUGAUGCCGGGGUUCUGGUAGGGAAUUGGUCCGGAGAUUAUAAAGAUGGCACAAGACCAACAGCUUGGGUGGGAAGUUACAAGAUAUUGAUGGAAUAUAUGGAAAAGGGGGAACCUGUAAAAUUUGGACAGUGUUGGGUUUUCUCUGGAGUUUUGACAACAGUAUGUCGAGCUGUAGGGUUACCUUGUCGAAGUGUUACUAACUUUAUGUCAGCCCAUGAUACUGAUAUGAGUUGUACUAUUGAUAAAAUAUUUGCAAUUGAUGAAGAAGGUGAUUUAAGCGAAUGUGAAGGAUAUGGAGAUUCUACUUGGAAUUUCCAUGUAUGGAAUGAGGUGUGGAUGAAACGUCCAGAUUUAGACUAUGGUUAUGAUGGUUGGCAGGUUAUUGAUGCUACCCCACAAGAAACAAGUGACGGUGUGUAUUGUCUCGGACCUUCACCGGUAACAGCAGUAAAGAAAGGAGAAAUAAAUACAGGUUUUGAUACAGCCUUUGUUUUUGCUGAAGUUAAUGCUGAUUGUAUAGAUUGGUUGAGAGAAGAUUAUGAUGAUUUAUAUGUUUUGGGUGUCAAUAAAACAAGGGUGGGUAAGAAGAUCAGUACAAAGAAAGCGACAGGGUUAGGUUACAAUGGUCGACUUAGUAUUUUUGGUGAUGAUCCUGAUAGAGAAGAUUUAACCUUAUCCUACAAAUAUUUAGAAGGAAGUACAGAAGAAAGAGAAACUGUUAAUAAAGUCCAUAAAACAGCCAGUUCAAAUAAGGUGCCUCAUCUUGACAAAUCUACUAUAGAGUUAAUUCUUGAGGACAAAGAUGGAAUUAUGGUUGGAAAUGAUUUUAACUAUUCUGUUAUUAUUAAAAAUACCAGUGAUAAAACUAGAAGUGUUAAAGUAUCAUUGUCAGUAUUACAAAUUGAAUAUGAUGGAGAUAUUAUUGGAAAAGUUGCCUCUAAACAUUUUGAUGAACAAGAAAUUGAAAGUCGUUCAGAGGCUAAGCUGACAAUAGAUGUUUUAUCUGAGGAAUAUUUAGCUGUUUCAGCCAAUCAUUUCUCAUUUAAAGUCAUAGCUUUCUGUAUUGUGAAAGAAGAGAGGACAGCUCAUGUUGAAUAUGAUGAUUUUAGAUUAAGAAGACCAGAUAUAACUAUUGAGGCACCAGAAGAAUGUAAGGAAAAUGACAUACUUGAGGUCACAGCCUACUUUGAGAAUCCUUUAAACAGAGCCCUGACAAAAUGUUCUUUACAAGUGGAGGGGAGUUUACAAUUAUGUUCUGACAAACAGAAGAAAAAUAUCAAAUUUCCAGAUGUUCCUCCUAAAUCUAAAUGGGAAACGAAACUGAAAGUAAAACCUAAAAAGAGAGAUAAUGAUGAAAGAGAUUUAUUUUUAAGUUUUGAUUGUGAAGAAAUUCCAGAUAUUGUUGGAUAUCAUACACUAUUUAUAGUGUAAUGGAAGUUUUGUUGAAUAGUUUCUUUUCAUAAAAUAAAUUGAAAUUUUCAUACUCAUAAAACAUGAUAUUAUUUAAGGAUUGAAACUUUCUUCUUAUUUGAUAAUUUAUAAUCGUUUGGAGCAGUUUAAUAUUUUAUGUUAUUUUAUCUGUUUUAUUGUUUUCACUGAUCAGGCUACAGUUUCUAUAAAUCACAAAUACAGCUUUCAAUAUUUUACUGUCUUCUUGAGAUAUUUAAUCGUAGAUAUGAUAUCCUCCUUUCACAAUUGAUCACUAGGUAGCUAUUAAUGUAUUGGAUUGGUAAACAAACCUUUAUUAUAAAAGACUUCAGAUCCAAGCUAAACAACCCAAAGAGAUAUACUUAAAUAAGAAUGAGCUUCUUUGCAAAUAAUGUUACUCUAAUUUCAAUAUGUAAUAAUUUCAUUCUUUAACAUUGAAUACAAAUUUGUCUAUUUUAUUUCUUGAACAAAUAUGUUAAUUUUCUAUCCAUAUAAUAUAAUUGGCUAUUGCUCUUAUAAUGGUUUGUUAUUUGUUAUUUAUUACACUGUGAUACUUAUGUUAAUAUAAAUAUUGGGAGAGGGCUGGGCAGUGAGAAAUGAUUUGUAUUGCCUCUUAAAAAAUCAGCAUCAAAAUAUCAUGAUCACAUAUAUAAAAACAAAUGCAGCAGUAACAGCUGUCAAAUAUAUUCACACUUUUCUUGUAACAAAAAUGAAUGAACCUAAGUUGUUGAUAGAUCAUCUAUUGUCUUCUAUAACUAUUACACGUGGUUGUAUACCUCCAAAUUCAACAUAUAUAAACUGUAUUUCAUACUUCUGCCGUUCAUUCUGUUUAGCUUCUAAUGUUACAGUUCCCUUAUUAUGUGGGCCUUCUAUAUAGAACUUCAUUCUUAUACAUUUAAUUCCAUCUUCCAUAAAUUCUAUAUGACUGACAUGUCUUCUUCUACCCCUUCUAGUUGUUUCACCAUAUCCUUUCAAUGGUUCUCCACAUAUAUCUUUUAUCUGUGAAUUCUGUUUACAUUGUUUGUAUGCAUAGGUAUACAGGCCACUAGGACUAGAACUUGAAAAUAAUUCACCAAAUAAUGUAUAGAAAAUGUAACCAAAUAUUCCAAUGCCGGCCACAAUUACACCUAAAUACGUUGCAUCUUUACUGGCUUCUUUUACUUUUUCAGCAGGUGAGAGUCCUGCAUAGGGAUUUUCAUAUGAUUUCACAAGUUCUCUGGCUUGUUUUUCAUUUUCUUUCUUAUUCUGUAAUUUUAGGAUGUUGCAAUGAAAAUUCCUAUGUUGAAUACAAAUAGGUAUCGAUGAUGUUACUGGGAUUAUUCUGCUCCUUAACGCAAUGUUCACGAAUUUGAGUUUGUCAAUGUCAUAAUACUUCUUGUUCUUUGGCACUUUAGUAACUGUAAUAACUUUUGAUAGGAAAUGAAUAUUGGAGUUUCUCAAUAUUCUGGACAUACUCUUGAGUUAGAAUCAAAACAUUUAGUAUUUUGCAAUUACCGACACUAUAACAAACCAUUCAUUUUUUUUUUAAAUUCAU